AUGAAGAUUUCCGUCCUUCUGUAUAUCUUGGGUCUCGUAUUUGUUCUGACUGCAGGUGUAAGGGGAAAAUGUCGGAAAGAACACUUUGCCCAACGUUUAGGGAGGUAUCCAGACGCCUGGAGGAUUCUCAGAAACACGACACAGCAAUACUUUCUGGCAUAUUAUUCGUACAGAUCGGAAAUCGGAUCCCGCCAACGGUGCUUGCGUACUAUAAGCCGCAGAGAGGAUUACGCGAAGCCAUGGACUACUUCUUUGGUUUAUGGACUCACUUGGGACAAUAGUACUCUACUGAGUGGCAUAGUACAAGUUGGCAUACAUAAAACGAAUGAGUCAUUUGUUUUCGACGAUGCUUUUUAUACGAGAUACCCAGAAAAGGUAAAUGAUAAAUACACACUUAAAUUCGACACAAGCGAAAUAAUUUAUACAAAUUUCAAGACUUGUAUAGUUAUCUAUUCAAAAUUACUUGGAUACCAAGUGUGGAUUGCAGGGCAGAACCCCACCGGGACCAGUGGUCUCCCAUACCUUUGUACGUUCGUCUAUGAAGCCUGCGCUGGACCAAACAAAAACUGGGCUUACGAUUGGGAGAUAUGCCCUAAAAUUAAACCUAUUCAACGUUCUUAA